GUCCUCCUCGUUUCUGGUGGGAUUGAGCCCACAGCUCAUCGUGCUGCUAGGGUUUGCCUGGGACAUAUGUAGUAGGAACACCCGACGCUGACGCCUGCGGGACCUUCUCCGACUCGGAAAGAUCGCCACACCCGUGGCUUCGUCUGGGAAACAUCUACCCCCUCUUCCUCCUCAUUCGCGAAUGGUUUUUUCUCCAGAUGACCGUCUCCGUCAAGCGGCCGCAGUAAAACGCUGAUUCGUGCCGCCUGCUUACGAGCUUUAUCUCCUUAUGCGACAUAGGGCACGCCUCGGGAGCAUCUUUUCGGGUCCUUUCACCACAUCUCGGCGCCUAACAUCAGUAAAAUUACUGAGCAGCCUCUCGCAAUUGCCGAUCCUCUGGAGAACUCAACCUAUCUUUAGGGUCUGCCGAGCUUUCCUCACAAAUCUGACAAAGCUUCUAUAUCAUCUACAUUGUGUGGUGCUCUUGGAUUUGAACGCUAAAGAAGAACCGCCAGGGCUGACGACCGGGACUCAGAAGAUAUAUAAUAUGGCUGCUAUGACGGGCUUCAGACCAUUUCAACCGAACAUAACCCUUUGCCAGCUCGCCUAAAACGUCGUCGCAUCCAACAUCAUGUCUUUUAGCACUCUACUCUCCACCAGCAAAAUCUCCACCCUCCUCACCUCCACCGCAUCUCGCCCCAUCGACAUCGCCCUCCUCUCCCUGCUCACUCUCGUUCUUCUAAAGUAUUUUACGUCCACUCGCAGUCGCAUAUGCACAACCCCACUCCGCGGCCCGCCCUCCUCUUCCGUCCUGUACGGCGUCGCCCGCGCCAUCGAAGACGCGCCGGAUCCCGCAGUCCUCUAUGAAGAAUGGGAGCGGACGUACGGCGGGGUAUAUAAAGCCCCGUUCACGCUCGGCAUGCACAGGCUCGUGUUGUGCGACCCCCGUGCGCUCGCGCACAUGUGGGCAAGAGACACGACUGGGUACGGGUUUCAGCCAGGAGUUAGUCUAUUGCUAGAGAACAUUAUGGGCAAGGGGCUGUUCUGGGCACACGGCGACACGCACAAGAGACAACGCAAAGCCCUCUCCCCCGCAUUCAGCCACUCCGCCCUGCGCAAACUAACGCACAUCUUUUAUGACUCAACGUACAACGUCACCCGCUCUUGGAAUGCCAUCCUAGACAAAUCCGGUGCGGACGGCAGCAUCAUCGAAGUGCAGCGCUGGAUGGGCACCAUCGCGCUCGACUCCAUCGGCCUCGGCGGCUUCUCGCACGACUUCCGCGCGACUGUGGGCGACCCCACCGUGCACACCUCCGAAUCCGAGGUAGCCAAGAUCUUCCACGCGCUUGGCGAACACCCCUCGAAGCUCUACAGGCUUCUCAUGCUCCUCAGCUACGCGAUUCCGUGGGUGAUGCACCUCCCCGUCGCGCAGAACCGGAACAGCUGGCGGUUCAAUAGUGCGAUGGGCGAGGUCGCACGGGGGCUGUUUGAUAAGGUGAAGGGAGGGGAUGGGGUCGAGGAAAAAUCUGCUAUAGGUUUAUUGAUCAAAGCGUCCGAAGCAGAGAAGGCAGGCUCGCGCCUCACAGAACAAGAGGUUAUCGACGAGAUGCGGACGCUCUUGUUUGCUGGGUACGAGACGAGCUCAAUCAGCUUAACCUGGGCCCUUAUCGAGGUCUCCAAGGACCAAAACACACAGCGCCUCCUCCGCGAAGAGCUCUCCCACUUCUACGAAGGCGGAGCGGACCCAUCCUACGACGAGCUCACCAACCCCACGACACUGCCCACGCUCGACGCCGUCGUGCACGAGGUCCUGCGGUUGCAUCCACCUCUGCCAGAGGUCACACGCGUCGCCCUUCAAGACGACGUCCUUCCGCUCUCUGCCCCGCUCACCACCGCGUCGGGCCACAUUGUGGACACCAUCACGAUCGCAAAGGGAACACUCGUCACCACCUCGAUGCAGUAUCUCAACCGCUCCGAGAAGUUCUGGGGCCCCGACGCAAAGGAGUUCAAGCCCUCCCGCUGGCUCGCCACGCGGCAGGAUAGCCCCGAGGGAGGCGACGGCGGGAAGUGGGAGCCGGAGUACGCGGCGAAGGAGCUGCACGGCCACCGCCACCUGUGGAGCUUCAACGAUGGGCCGCGCAUGUGUCUGGGAAAGAACUUUGCGCUGGCCGAGUUCAAGGCUUCACUUUCCGUCCUCAUCCGCAACUUCGCGUUCGAGCUGCGCGAUCCCAAGAACGACGCUGCGAUCAACUCGGCGGACAACCUCGUGCGUCCUAAGAUCGCAGGGGAAGCCAGGAUUGAUGUGCCGCUACGGGUGAGGCGUGUUCAAGGGCGGGAAUGAAGUUUUAUACGAGCAUGAUGUGUGGACCUCGGACGUCGAGUCGUAAUCGUGUAGUGCCGCGGAUGGGAAAUAUAGAUGAGGCUGAAGCUAUCACCAACAAGUCAGUAUAUCAGUAUACACAGC